UAGCGCGACUUUAUUGGCCAGCAGCAAGGGCGUGCUGGGGUCAGAAAAAGGAAACUCUAAAUGUUACAAAAUGCUUAUGAACCCCUCUUUCCAAUAAGAUGAUUUUGGAACUUGAUGACCACCCAAGAACUGUAAAUUGAGCGUUGCAAAGUUGGUGGUUGACCGCAAGAAAUAGGGGCAUUCACGUGCAAAUUACGUCUCGGCAUCUCCCCACCCUCAAUUGAGUAUUGAAAACUUCAAGGACUCUCCGCAACUUCGUCCCAGUAACAUAUUUCAAGAGAGGCUUUCGAGUGCAACCGCGAAUCAUGUCAAACAUGACACCAAUUCUCACCAAAAAUGCCAUGCCUCCUGUUGGGCCAUAUUCCCAAGCCAUCAAGACACCACACGCAAUAUACUGCUCAGGUCAACUGCCAGCAGAUUCACGAGGAAAUAUCAUUGAAGGAACAAUGGGUCAAAGAACCGGGUCAUGUCUGAAAGCUCUCUCGGCGGUUCUCACAGAGGCCGGUUCCUCGCUGGACAAGAUUGUCAAAGCUCAAAUAUUCUUAACGGAUAUGAAGGACUUUGCCGAGAUGAAUGCGGAAUAUGAGAAGUGGAUUAAGCACAAACCUGCGAGAAGCUGUGUUGCGGUCAAGCAGUUACCUAAAGGCGCUGAUAUUGAGAUCGAGUGUGUAGCGCUUCCCUGAUUGCAUCUAAGAUAUUUGAUGAUAUCUUCCAUUCGCCGCGUUGCUUUGCUUAAUAUGUUUGCCGUAUUUAUGCUUCAAUUGCUUUCCAAGCUUGCUUAUGAUUUGAACACGUGUUCCCUGGUCCUGUUUGUGUCUCAAAUAUAUUAAAUGCUGCCAUUGGACGCCACAGGACAAGGGGCAAGCUCUGGAUUUUCGCAGCCCAAGUGGGACUAUCUCUAUUUUUGAGAGUACGAAGCAA